GUGAAUGGAUUGCAGGGCGGAACGAAUAUUCGGCGGGGAGUGUCCGUCAGGAGUUUUUAGCAGUGGCGCUCGGGCGGAAUGGAGGUAAAAGAUGCAAAUGCUGCAAUGCUGAGUAAUUAUGAGGUCUUUAAGCUUCUGACUGAUCUUAAAGAGCAACGGAAAGAAAGUGGAAAUAAGAAACAUAGUGCUGGUCAGCAGAAUCUCAACACAAUAAUGUAUGAGACUUUAAAGUAUUUGUCGAAAACACCUUGCAAAUAUCAGACACCAGAAAUCGUAACUGAGUUUCUUACAGCCAUGCUUCCGCAAAAACUGACCAAGGCAGAGAAACUUCAAUUGCUGAAUCACAGGCCAUUGACUGCAGUGGAGAUACAGUUGAUGGUAGAAGAGAGUGAAGAAAGGCUAACAGAAGAACAGAUUGAAGAGCUUCUACAGACCAUCAAUAGCAUCCUGCCAGGAGACCCUGAUGAGCAAGCUGCAACUCAGCAGCAGGAAGAGGUGGAUAUGGUUGCUGAAGAGGAAGGAAACCAAAAGGCAGAAUCAAAUCAAUAGACACUAUUUCUGUUUACAAAAAUGUUCUAAUGAUUGAUCUACCUUGGCUUUCAUACUUAAACCCUACUGUGUCUGUACUUGGAUUCAAGCCUGCAGUACUAGCAUUUCAGAUACUGUCCAGAUGUUUUCAGUUAUGUUCCAUACUGUACAUUGUGAGACUAAGCUAUGAUUAGCUAGUGUCUUAACUCAGAGCUAGUAUAUUUUUAUAAUUCAAAUAGUGCAAAGACCAAAAUACUUCAACCUCUAUAGCUGUGUAUUUAGUAAAAGCUGACGAAAUGUGUACCUUGCAUGUUUAGUUUACAGUUGUUAGUCUACGGAAGAAGAUCUGCCAGACGAGUGUACAAAGGGAGGUGUGUGCAGAAUUGGAGAGAAAAUGUUUGUUUAUGGAUUUUGCAAACGGAUAAAAGAUUCUAUAAUGAAAACUGUUAAUGAAUUGAAACAACGGAUCUUAUCAUACCAUAUAAGUAUUGUAGUAAUAUGAAAGUAUUUUGCCAAAAAGUGGAGUUUUAAAUCAUAUUGGGAAACUGCUAAAAUAAAUGUCUAUUGUUACAUAAAAUAAAUGUUUAAAAAUAAGGGGAAAUUUGUUUGGGGUAUCAGCCACUUUGGAAUGUAAAGUCACUACAAAUUAUGAAAUAAAUCUUUAUUCUUGGGUAAACAA